AGAGUCUGCUUUGAGGAACUGAAGUCGAUGUCACACACAGAUUACCUCAAACCCCAAGGUGUGUUGAAACAGUAGUGUGUUUAUGGUAUUCAGUGGCUUGGAUUACAUUAGUGUUGGUUUUGCUUAAUCCAGAUUUCUUCCUCUUUUUUCAUGACACUGCAUUCUUUAUCUGUCAUUCAGUCUCUCUAUCUAUCUGUCACUCUCUCUCUGUAAUGAAUCGUAUAAAGAACAUAGAGCAAAUCGCACAGUAACACUAUAUUCAAUAUUUGUACGUUUGUAUGACUAACAAACAUGUUGGAAAUGUGCGUUUGUCGGUGGAGAGGUGUGUCAUUGUUCAAAGCAGUAAAAAGCAGAAGGGUGGUGCCUAAUGUGCGAAGGAGUGUGAGAACUUAAGAACUGCUUAACAGUGUCACAGCUGAAAACCACAAGGCAUCUUUUUGUUGCUCCAUUUGCUGUUUGGACAGUAAAGUGGUGAAGAGACUGCGGUCAGCCAGGUAAGAAAUUUUUUAUUAGAUAUGUGAUAAUAGUAAAUAAAUAGGUUAGAGCAUUGUUACUCAACCAUGGUCCUUGAGACCUAUCUUCAAAUAUAAUUUAGUGCCUGUCCUGGUUUUAUACAACUCAAUAAUAGACUGUAUCAGAUAUUGCUUGUGAGUUUGGUAUGUUUGGUCAAGUCUAAAAGCUCUUUUCUUGCCCGGGUUGGUCCAAAGUACUUAUCUCAAAGUAUCUACUGAUCUCACAAGGCACUGGAGCAGGGUUGAGCAAUACUGGGUUAGAGCAGAUUUGCUCAAUACAAGUUCUUGUUUUUUUGUGUUUUUUUUUUCUCUUUAGUAAUGAGUUAGGAGCUUAUUGUACUUCAGUUCCCAUUGAACGUUUUUUUUAGACUUUUGAUUUUGAAAUUAAACCCCAUCUAUAAGAAAACAUAGGUUUUAAAAGCACACGUUAAUCACACGCUGUUGGACGCUAUGUUUAUAUAUUGAUACACAAAUCAAGAAAUUGAACAGCAUUUUAUUCCCUGUAUUAAACUUUUUUUUUAAAACCAUAUGUUAUUACUGUUUUAUUUGGUAACAGUUUUGUUGAGUCCAACAGACUUAGAUUUGUUGGACCUAUGAAAUGCUGUAAAAACGAGAGUUUGACAGUUAUAAGAGUGAAUUAUUUAACUGUAUCUUACAGGGUUUAUUGCUGUCAUGGUGCCUCUCCAUGUAGCUUCUCCCACUCUUUUGGUCUUUCUGCUAAUUGUUGAUGGAGUUGGAGCUCAGUAUUCGGGUGUGUCUUACAGACCUGUAUCUAUCUGUGCUCUGAAGGGGUCCACAGUGAUCAUGGGCUGCUCUUACUCAUAUCCAGUGAGUUACACAGUCCAAACAACUUUCUGGACAAAAUUCCGGUCAUCCACUCAAGGUGUAGAACCUCCUGAUCUGUUAGAUGAUCCAGAGUACAGAGACAGGGUUCAGUACCUUGGAGAUAAACAACAUAACUGCAGCCUCAGCCUGAGAGAUGUGAGAGAAAGCGACCAGAGUAAAUACUACUUCAGAUUUAUAACAGAUAAAUCUGGAGGACAGUAUCAGGGUGAAAUGUAUCUUUCAGUAACAGGUCUCCAGGUGGAGGGUCCUGAGAGAGUGAUGGAGGGAGAUAAAGUCACUCUCACAUGUAAAACUACCUGCAGCCUGACUGACAGUCCAUCAUUCACCUGGUACAGAAAUGGAACUACUUUAUCCUCCAGAACUGAACAGCUCUACCUGCAGUCGGUCAGCAGGGAGGAUGCAGACAGGUAUAGCUGUGCUGUACAGGAUCAGAACCUUCACUCUCCUGAGGUCACUCUUAAUGUUUUAGAUUCUCCAAAGAGUGUCUCGGCUUUUACCUAUCCCUCUGAUGUAUUGAAAGAGGGCAGUUCAGUGAUUCUGGCCUGCAGCAGUGAUGGAAACCCACCUGUGGAAUAUACCUGGUAUAAAGGAUCAUCAUUAGUAGCAACAGGACCGUACUUCAAAAUAAACGACAUCAGUUCUGCUAACAGUGGAGAAUACAAGUGUAAAUCCAGUAAUGAACUUGGAGUGAAAUAUUCUGGCACUGUAACUCUGAAGGUUCUGUGUCCACAUAGGAGCAUCUCAGUGUCUGUUACCUUUUCUGGAGAAACAUUGGAAGGCAGUUCAGUGACUCUGACCUGCAGAAGUGAUGGAAACCCACCUGUACAGAAAUAUACCUGGUUUAAAGAAGGUGGAAACGCACCUGUAGGAUCUGGACACCGUUACAGCUUUACCUUGGACUCUGAAAGCAGUGGAUGGUACUACUGUGAUACUCAAAGUGAACAAGAAUCAAAACGGUCAUUCGCUGUUCCUGUCACUCUUCCUGUUGCUUUACAAGACGAUUACUCAGUGGUCCUGUAUGUGGGGCUUGGAGUUGGACUCUGUGGGGUUGCAGCGAUAUCGUCUGUUGUUUUCUUAAUGUGGAACAAAAAGAAGAAGAGAAAGGUGGAGGAACACAACUACCAGAACGUUGACCCUAAUGCUCAGGACAACACAUAUACAACUCUUGACCCCAUGACCAGAUCCUCUAAUGAUGUCUACAACACAAUUGCAACUGUUCAUUCUGGUCAUGUUUAGACUGUGAGGAAACCACCAAGGAGCUCAGAUCCUGGACACCAGUCUGUCUUUAUAGAAUCAGCAACACUGCAAGAGAUGCUGAGGACUGAGAAGAGUAUAAAGUAUUAUGAUAUACACUUUUGAUUAAAAACAAUAACUGCGCCCAGACGGAAUAAACCGUCAGGGCAGAGCUGUCAAAUAAUUAAGUACAAAUCUGUUACCUUACUUUAAUAGAAAUGUUGGUUAUCUAUACUUUACUGGAGUAAUUAUUACUUUUUCAGAGAACUUCUUACUUCUACUUCUUUCUGCUCCUCCUUAAUCCUAUUUAAUUUCAGCUUUUUUCAUUCUGGCUUCUCAUCGUUCAAUAAAACCUCUAUCCAGAUACAUUUCUCCAUCCAGAGAGAGUGAAUCUGAUUGUGAUUGGAUGUAGAGAAGUAUAAACAUAUACCAUUCUGACUCCCUAUUGGUUUAUACUGUGAUCCAUCAGACCUGCACACAUUAAAUAUAUUUACAUUCUACUAAAAUACAUUCAUUUACAAUGAACAUAUAUGCAGCUGAAACAGGGAACAGCCUAGUGCAUCCCAAAUUAUAUUAUCAUUACAUUAACAUUUUAUAUUUAAUAGAACAUUAUAGACAUUAUGGCUUUUAGAAAAUGUGUUUUUUGAGGGUUAGUGCAUUAUAGGACUCUGUGGGCAUGACCUAAGCUUUUGAUCUUAAUGGCUUUAUUUUUUCUUCUUACAUUACUUUUACUUUUAUUAUAUAAUUCGUUUUGAAAGCAGUACUUUUUAAAACACUUUUACUUAAAGAGUAGAAAGCUUGAGUUCAACUUCUAACUAUAGAGUAAUAAAUGGAGGUACUUGUGACACUUUUGCUAAAUUAAUAAAAAUUGGUGGAAUGGUUUGAUGCAGAUGUAAGGCCUAUAUCAGGGCCUUUUUCUUCUUUUGGUUUCGGUGUGCAUUUAAUUUUAUAUAAAUUGACAGGAUUGGAUCUCUGGUAAGAAUGUGUAAUUGCACAGAGUAUGUUUAU